AUGAACAUGUUGGACGUAGAAGACGACAGCUUUCACGUCACACGUGAAGGCUACUCCCAUCUGAGUGACUCAGAAUGGGAGAUAGUCGGCCGCAUGAGUGUGCUCAUGGGCGAACCCGCCAUCAGUGGUAUGUUGGAGUCUCUAAGCAGAGACCAGCAACAUGCUGCUAUCAACAAGUUCCUACAAGGGGAACUUGCCGUCGAAAGACAGAAGAUAGCCUUGCUACAACAGCAAGGCUCUCAUCAGUCGAUGGGCGGGCCGACGCACAUGCGUCGACCCGAAACCUUGAAGAUUGAUAUCUCAAGGGCCCGUCACAUCGAGGGUGACGAGAUGCAAGUCACCUUCGCCCUGUCAAAUUUGACAGGACGAGCAAAGACUUGGGCCUUAGGGCUCAAGCUUCACGACCCAAACGUGUUUGAGUCGUUGGAGAUCUUGAAGUCUCGGCUCAAAGAGACGUUUGAGCCGCCAAGAGCCGAGUUCAGAGCACGCUCUGCACUCUUGAGGCUAAAGCAAGGUAAGCGUGACGUGCAUGCUUUCGCACAACACCUACGCUACCUUGCGAGUAGCGUCACGGAAAACCCUGUUGAUGAGCACACGCUCAUCAACGUGUUCAUCUACGGCCUUGUGGAUGGGCCGGUGAAGACCUACAUGUUCCGAGAGGACUUCCAUACGCUGGAAAAGGCGAUAGCGUAUGCGGAACAAGAAGACUUCAGCCUGAGACAGUCUCAGGCUAACUCGUCAAACUAUUGUCCGACGAGACGACAGGAAACAGGAGGUCCCGAACCAAUGGACCUCUGUUACAUCGAGAGCGAGAACUCUCGCUCUCUGAUGUCCCAAGCACCGCAACACGUCCAAAGACAGGACGUGAUGACCACCGUUGGCCAAGGAAAGGUCCAAGGCGUGGGUCCGACCAUGUCGCUAAGCCGCGACAGCAAGUCGGACCGCCAAAAACGGUCAGGGUCAGUAGGGGCGGAGCACCCUGCUGAUCCAGCAACGUCAAGAGAAUUUGCAGGACUCUUGACGAAGAUUGCUCCCAACACACAGUCGCUGUGUGUUACUGCCCCUAGUGAUGAGGAGUCCCUCAUCACUUUGAAGAUCGAAGUGACAAGUGGAAUGUCACUUCGCGCCCUAGUUGACUGUGGGGCGUCGAACAGUUUUAUUCGACGCCAGUCGCUAGAGGAUAGUAGGCUCAACUAUGUUGAGCGAGAGUUCCCUCCAACGAGGAUGACGGUGUGCCUUGCUACAGGCGCAUCCGUAACAGUGAACAAACGUGUAGUGGGAAUCCACUACACGCUAGAAGGAAAGCAGUACGAUGAUGACUUUAUCGUACUGGAUUUGGAUGACAAAUUUGAUGUCAUCCUCGGUCUGCCAUGGCUUCGAAAAGUACCAGCCAUGGGUUAG